UGGUCGCUCAUCUGCACCAGCCUCGACACCCACAUCUGCAUCGCAUCCGCAUCGCAUCCCGCCAUCAUGAAGAGCGUUCCGGUCACAGUGCUGACGGGCUUCUUGGGCGCAGGCAAGACCACCAUCAUCCUGUCGCUCAUCGAUCGGCUACCCAAGGAAUACAACGUGGUCCUUCUGAAGAACGAGUUUGGCGACGUGCAAGUCGACUCGGAGCUGGCCCGCUCGACAAAGUCGCACGCCAUCGAAGUUAAGGAGAUCAUGAAUGGCUGCAUGUGCUGUGUGCUUGUGGGCCAGAUGAAGCUUGCUCUGCUGGAGCUGAAGGAAAAGUUCAGCCCAGAUCGCAUCAUCAUCGAGACGUCGGGCUCGGCCUUCCCAGCCCCGAUCGCUUGGCAAAUCCGCGAGCUGGCCGGCGAUGGCUUCGUUCUGGACGGCAUCAUCACCGUGAUCGACUGCGUCAACUUCACCGGCUAUGAAGAUACGAGCUACACCGCUCGGAUGCAGGCUCAGUACACCGACGUGAUCCUGAUGAACAAGCACGAACUGGUGUCCGAGCGUCAAUACGACCUCGUUCUCGACAACGUCAACGAGCUCAAUACCGACACACCCAAGCUGAAGUGCGAAGGAACCCACGGCGUCUCGCCCGACUUGGUCUUUGGCAUCGACACCAAGCUAUUCCAGCUCGGCAACGCACAGGAGCGCGAGAAAUGGAACGGACUCAUGGAUCCCGAGCACCACUCGAACGAAAUCGACCUCAUCCAGGUCACCGACCCUGACAUCCAGCCGGAGGCCGGCGCCUGUGGCAGUGAAUGCGCCGGCGGCCACCACCACCACCACCACCACCAUGAGCACAGUCAUGGGCACGACCAUGACAGCCAUGCUCCUGCUGAGGCUGAGGCUGAGGCUGAGGCUGCGGCUGCGGCUGCGGCUGUCUCUCGCAAGCCUAUUGACCUUGGCGAGUUUGAGCGAUUCUUGGCAGCGCUGCCCAAGGACGAUGUCUAUCGAGUCAAGGGCAUGCUCCGCAUCAACGGCAAGAUCCAGAUUCUGAACUGGGCGUUCGGCCGACACACCCUGACUGAGGCGCCGCACCAGGAGGCCUUUGAAGGCGUGAACAUCAAGAUCACGGUUAUGGGCAACGGCCUGGGUAUGCUCGUCAAGCGGAUCCAGGAGGGUUUUGGUGUUGAUCACGUCAAGUUGAUCCGGUCGGGACGCCACUGAGUGCGGUGAUGCAGCGGGGCGAUCUGCUUCGACAGGAUGCUGCGACGCCCUGUGUCUGAGACCGAUGCCCCAGAUGCGCGUCUGCCAUCGAUAAAUACAAUCUCGGAGAUCCGUUGAUGCGGGA